AUGCAAUGGUUCCUUCUGACACAUGCCUGGAGCACGGUUUCAAGGGAUACUAUUCGCAACUGUUUUAGGAAGGGAGGGAUCUGGGGCAAAGAGCAACAAAGCGCAAUCGCUGACGAAGAUGACCCAUUUAAAAUCCUAGAAGAAGAUUUCGAUGCAUUGAGACAGAAAGACGCGGAACUGGCACCGACAGAAGUAAGAGCUGAAGAUGUCAUUGAGGCAGAUGACGGAGUUAUGACAUUGGAAAUUGCGCCGUUAAGUGAUGAAGAAUUAUUUGAAGAAUUCAGAGAACGUAACAGCACAGCGAUGGAAGUAGACGAUGAUAAUGACGAUGAUGACUCCGAGGAGAGACCACAGAAGCCAACAAGAGCACAAAUAACCGAGGCUAUCAACACGCUUUCGUCCUAUAAUCUGUUUGCUGCAGAUGGAGCUGACAAGAUUCGUCGAAGCAUGAAUCAGAUCGCAUACAUCAUCGAGAAAAACAUUCGCAAAUCUCAGAGGCAGCUCGCUUUUUAG